AUGAUUAAUCUCUUUAAUUCAAUGGAAGGCAAUGGUAUUGUAGCUGACUGCAAUGUUUUCAACAUAUUAAUUGAUGCAUAUGCUAAAUGUGGAAUGAUGCAUGAAGCUAUGCUCAUAUUUACCAAAAUGCGGGAACAAGGAGUGAGUCCGAAUGUAUGCACCUAUGCAACUGUAAUAGCUGCACUUUGCAGAAUGGGUAGGCUGUCUGAUGCAAUGGGCAAAUUAAAUGAGAUGAUUGCUACGGGAUUACAACCGGACGUGGCUAUUUAUACAUCCCUAAUUCAGGGCUUCUGUACACAUGGUGAUUUGGGGAAAGUGAAGGAGCUGGUUUCUGAAAUGAUGAACAAAGGUAUGCCUCGUCCAAACAUUGUGUUCUUCAGCUCAGUAAUAAACAGUCUAUGCAAAGAAGGAAGAGUUACAGAUGUACACAGUAUCUUCGACUUGGCUAUAAACAUUGGUGAGAGGCCUGACGUUAUUACAUUUACUUCACUGAUUGACGGAUAUUGUUUAGUUGGCAAGAUGGAUAAAGCAUUCAAAGUACUUGAUGACAUGGUAUCAGCUGGCAUUGAGCCUGAUGUUUAUACAUAUACUACCCUUCUUGAUGGCUAUUCUAGAAAUGGAAGGAUUGAUGAUGGGUUGACACUAUUCAGCGAAAUGAUGCAUAAAAAAAUUAAACCUACAACUGCUACAUAUGGCACCUUACUAAAUGGGUUGUUUCGUGCUUGGAGAACUGCUUCUGCGAAGAAAAUGAUCCAUGAGAUGAUUGAAAGUGGAACAACAGUGAGCCUUUCAAUAUACGCUAUAAUUCUUGAAGGACUUCGUAGAAAUAAUUGCACUGAUGAAGCAAUCACGCUGUUCCAGAAAGUACGUGCAAUGAAUAUAAAAUUGGAUGUUGCAAUACUCAAUACCAUGAUCAAUGCAAUGUUUAAGGUUCAAAGAAGAGAAGAAGCUAAUGAUUUGUUUGCUUCAAUAUCGGCCAGUGGAUUGGUACCUAAUGCUUCUACCUACCGCACAAUGAUAACAAAUCUUCUAAAAGAAGGAUUAGUGGAAGAAGCUGAAAACAUGCUCUCAUCAAUGGAGAAGAGCUGUUGUGCUCCGGACUCUCGUCUUAUUAAUGAUACCAUCAGAAUAUUAUUGGAACAAGGUGAGGUCGUCAAGGCUGGAAAUUAUAUGUCUAGAGUUGAUGGCAAGAGCAUCUCACUUGAAGCUUCAACUACUUCGCUGCUGAUACGUCUCUUUUCAAGGGAAGGAAAAUAUAGGGAGAAAAUAAAAUUGCUCCCUGUAAAGUAUCAAUUUUUUGGUGGAGCUACAGUUGAGUAG